GUGCUGCUCUCGGGGCUCAUCGGCGUCGUCUCCUGGAAGAGGCCUCUCUCCCUCGUGAUCACCUUCUUCAUGCUGCUGUCUGCGGUGUGCGUGAUGCUGAAUUUGGCUGGUUCAAUCCUGUCCUGUCAGAACGCCCAGCUCGUGGACUCCCUGGCAGGCUGCCAGCUGAUCAAGUUCGACAGCGUGGAGGUGUGCGUCUGCUGUGAGCUGCAGCACCAGUCGUCGGGCUGCAGCAACCUCGGGGAGACGCUCAAGCUGAACCCGCUGCAGGAGAACUGCGACGCCGUGCGGCUGACCUUGAAGGACCUGCUCUUCAGCGUGUGCGCCCUCAACGUCCUCUCCACCAUCGUGUGUGCGCUGGCCACGGCCAUGUGCUGCAUGCAGAUGGUCUCCUCGGACGUCCUGCAGAUGUUCCUUCCGCAGCGGCCGCACUCCGCCCACCCUGCCUGCGUGACUCCCCACGGCACGGUUCUCCACCAGACCCUGGAUUUCGACGAGUUCAUCCCCCCGCUCCCGCCUCCGCCCUACUACCCUCCCGAGUACACCUGCACGCCCUCGGCCGAGGCCCGGAGGGGCCUCCACCUGGACUUCACUCCCUCCGCGUUCAGCACCUUGUAUGACGUUGCCAUCAACAGCCCCGGCCUGCUGUACCCCGCGGAGCUCCCCCCACCCUACGAGGCUGUGGUGGGUCCCAGCCCCUCCAGCCAGGUUACGAGUGUUGAUCACCAGGUGGCCGGGGCUGGCUCCGGGGACCCCAGCAUUGCUGCCGGCUUCAGCACACCAGUGCCAGCCACCAGUGUGAGCCUCCCAGCAUCAGAGGGUGCCACUGGGCCGGGUCCAAGCCACCCGUCCCCUGAGGGCCCCCCAGGCACCCUGCUAUCCCCACCUCCAACCCCGCACCUCCGCCAUGCGCCCCACGAGGCUCCUGCUCCGGGAACCUGGGUGGUGCCAGGUUCCGCCCACAUGGCCCGCUCCACCAGUGACCCCACCUCGUGUGCGUCUAGUUCAGCAGGGGAUGCCUCGUCACACACGCCCUCGUGCAGUCAGGACCUGGAAGCUGGACUGUCUCGCGCUGCUCCAGGCACUGUCUCCACAUCUCGCUCUGCCAUGGCCGCCCGCCAGCACCAGCUGUCACCACUCGGGGACACCUGCCACAUCAGCCAGCAGCUAAAGCCAGCGGCCUUAGAGACAGUCUCCAAGGAGAGGCCACGCUCUUUAGUGGACAGCAAGGCCUAUGCAGACACCACCAGGGUUUUGGUGGCUAAGUUUCUGGAACAUUCUCACUGCGCCCUCCCCCCCGAGGUGCGGCACGUGGUGGGCACCAUUCGGUCAGUGGUCCCCUCUGAGGAGCACCCCGUGGAGGAGGCCGUCCUCAGUGCCAGUGUCCUGGACCAGCUGUGAAGACGCCGCAGGUCUGCACCGGGCCCCCAGCAGCCUGGCGCCAUGCAUGGGCUGUUCCCGCAGAAGCCUCUGUGCUCGAUGGGGGACAUCGGGGGACAUCCGGGAGCGUCCCUGGGGUCUCGGGCCAGGAACAGUUGCUCCUGCUCUCAAGGUGGAUGCAGUCCCUGGUCUUCUGGGGAUGCCACGUCCCACCUGUCGGAGGAACUCCAGCGCUGGUUCUCGCACAUCCGUGGUGAACUCUGGUUUCGACGGGCGUUGUAGCACCUUGAACCUGCCAGCGUCACGUGGAUACAGUGACUUAGAGGACACCGAGCACCUUCCAAAUCAGGGCCAUGAACAGCAGGCUCGCUCCACCCCCGCUUCCUGUUGAAUGGAUGGAGGGUGUCCUUGGUGGGACCCCGCCUCACGUGGUUGGUGUGGCCCUGGAACCAAACCCUCAUCGGAUUCGAGCCCAUGGCCUUGAGUAGGAAGUAGGUGGUUUCAACACAGUUGGCCCACAGGGCUGGUGUGCAAACAUGCAGCGAGGAUCUGGGGGGAGCAGGCAGGGCCACAAGGGCCUUGAGGAGCCUGCCAGCUCUCCCCACACUUGACACCCCCCCCCAAGCCAGGCUUCCCUCACUGUCUCCACAGCCCCCAAGCCUCUAACAGACACUUUCUAGUUGUUUGUCCCAGAACUGAGCACUCCUCACCAGCCCUUUUGGGUUUUUCCCCAGCAUCUGACCUCACCUGCUGUGCCGAGGUCUGGGGACAGAGGCUCGCUGCCAUGGGACAAGUAUGCCUGCUGAGAAAGCAGGUGCAUCUGGGUACCAGAUGCAGCGGGGCACCACGGAUUAGAGAAAACGCCCACUGUGCUGGUGGUGCAGAAGCAGGCAAGUCUGGCUGGUUUGUGGCGCAGGCGUCCGUGGGCCACUUGGGUGCCUUGGACUUUCUCCAUCGCCCCCUCCCCUGCAUUGCCUUGUAACUCGGCAGCAUCCGUGGCAGCUGCUUCCCAACCCUGGCCCGAGAGCCGCACCUCCAUGGGAACCUCCUACAGGGAUGGACCCGCCUGUCUCUGGGCUGUCCACAACAUCAGCUGCUGGCACGAGGGGCUGUCGAGCCCCCAUGGACUGGAGUGGGGGUGCCCACCACUGCCUGACGUCCAGCAGUUCCUGCUGCCCUUCUCUCUGCCCUACAUAACCUGUGCCUGGCCUGGAGCGCCGUCUCAAGCCCUCUGGCCCAGCCCCACUGCAGCCAAGGAACUGGGCGCUUCUGUGCGGUUGGAAGCUGGCGGGGGUGGGGGUGGCGCUACAACGGGUGGGGGCUCCAUCCCACGUGCCCAGGGCAGCGGCCACAGGUUGCUUUUCUCAUGAUUUUGGUCAUUGCCUCCCCCGAGGGCAGAGAGCUGCAAAAUACAAAUGUGACCUUCUGGUGACAACCUUGGCUUUUCCACAGAGCCACCCCAGAGAUGGGUUCGUGAACAGCUGUUUAGGCUGUGAACAGGAAAUCUGUUUGCUAAUCCUACAGGCGAGGGCUGUGGCGCUCCCACAAGCAAGCCCCUCUGCAGGUAGAGUUAGCUGAUGGUCUUCCAGAUGGGCCACCGGGACGGUGAGCGAUGUGUUAACACCUGGCCUGCAGUCCCGGAUGAGCCCAGUGCACAGGCCCAGCCAGGGGUCUGAGGCCUUGGGGAGAGGGGCCACACUCGGAGGUGGGGGGACCUGCAGGAGCAUCCCACGCUGGGCUGUACCGGCAGACCACAGACCUGGCUGCCCUCUGAGUGACCCAAGCCACGAGGCCUGUCCAAUGUGCAGCCUCUGGACAAGCCAGCCUGGUACCCCGUGUCUUGUCGGCCACGUGGGCUCCUGCCAGGCUAUGGUCCAGAGCCUUCCCCCCUAGUUGACCCCACGUGCUCUGCCAUCCACAUGCCGUUCACACUCAGUUCUGCAUGUGCCCGCAUGGCAGCUCUGUCCUGUGGAUGAGGAAAUGGUACCCAACUCUGUGCCACUGGGCCACUGCCCUCUCCUAGAAGUAAGGCCGCGAGGGGCGAGGGUCCUCCUCGGCCACCUGCUCAGGGCCCCAGGCUUCCAGAGGAGAGCGGUGCUGGUUAGAGUCGCUUGGGCCCACAGGGCUCCUGGCCCAGGGGAAAGCUGGCUGCUUCUUCCUGCCACAGCAUCCCUCCCCCGGGGCCUCUUCCCAGGCUCCCACUGGUUGGCUCUGAAACAGGCCUGGCGUGGCCGACUUGGAGGUGACUCCCUCCAGCCUAGCCAGAUACCGGGUGCUCUCUCUGCUCUGUCCCCUGCACCUACCGAGACAUCCUAGGGCCCAGAGGAUGGCCGGAGUGGGGGGCCCGCUCUGGACCCCAGAUGUGUAUGGCCAGCAAGCUGUGGACACCGUUCACAAGGACUUAAGGUCCCCUUCAGCUGGCGAGGAUGAUAUAAACUGAGCGCUGGGGACAACCCGUGUGACAGAACACCGACUUCAGGCGGAGACCAGCAGAAUGUACAGGAAAACUGUCUGCCAGGCCCCGGGGACUGUUUGUACAACAGGAGAGGCUGUAUUUAUUUAAUGUACCUCAAGGUGUUUUAAUAACGAUCAGUGUUUUAAUAAAAAGUAUUUCUGGCC